UGCUUGAUUGUUCUACCCCUGUUCCCACUCUCCCUACCCSCCUGUAUUCUGUGAACACCGGCACCUCUCAAGUACCGCAUCAGUUCAGACUGAUGUCGAUGGAACAGGACACCGGGGCACUGCCACGGCGCARUGCCAGGAUCGCAGUUCGUGCCCGCCCUGCGGUACCUCCAAGACCCAAGAGAUUCAGCAGACGGACGACUCCAGCGGCAUCAAGUACGRCAUUGACAGUACAAGACACCACCGGAGAUCUUCCCGCAUGCCCGGUCCGASAGGCCAGCGAGCCUUUGGCCRACUAUCGUGGGCGGCUACAGGCAUUUACAGACGCCGUAGCCGCCGCCGAGGCUCAGCAGGCUGCGRCAGAGGCAGAACGUCAGYGGCUGGCCAAUGAGGCGGCAGCCGAAGCUCAGCGGACAGCUGAGACUGACAAAGCGGCACGAAACAGACGGAAUGCCGCCAGCACGGAGUCCCUGAUUGCUAGUGAGCAUCAGUGGACAACGRUACUCCAAGGCAUGAUCUUUGUGCCUACGGAAAYGCARSCGGAGCCGACACAGGCGGAGGCAGAGAGAAGUAACCUGGCUACCGUGAUGUUGAACGUAAUGAGGGGAGUAAUGUGGAACAACAAACURYUGCAGGCACACCUGCACGCGGAACGACAGCAAAGACAGCAGUACCAGGAAGACCUGGCCGCUGUAACGGCCGGCGUCCGCGACGCAGCAAUGCAGCAGCAGCAACAGCAACAGCUGAUGAACUCUACCAUCGCAYGCAUCAACGGCAUUGAGGCCAAGGCCUCAGCAGCGCCAGGCUGYACGACGGACGCGACGAAGCAAAUCAACGAACGCAUCGAUCACGUCGUCACCAUCAUCGGUGACAUAGGUGUUUUCAACGGACCGGACACGAUCAGCAGCACGGUGGCCGCCAUCAAGACGGACAUCACCAAGCUACAGACGAGACCAGACGCCGCUACAAAGAUGUUCAAGAUGCCGCACUUCGACAUCUGCAAGUUCGACGACUACAACAAGUCAGACGCUUUGACAUGGUGGCAACGUUUCCUCACGGAAGCGUCAUGCCGCACUGUCCCGGCGAACGACAUGUUGAAGGCACUCUAUUUAAAACUAAUUGGAGGAGCGCAGGCAUGGAUGAACCACCUGGCGGCCACCCACAAGUGCACCAUCGCCGAACUCCACACGCACAUCACGUACAAGGAGUUCGAGCAGCUAUGGUUCACCCGGUUCAUGGUCCGCAACGUCGUGAAGGCGGCCAUGAAUGAGGUGUACAAAUGCUCUCAGGGGAACAUGCCAACUCGAGACUGGACAACGAAGUGGCAAAAGAUAGUGACCACACCAGGCUUCGACUUGACGUUUCCAAAUCAACGAUCUGAGUUCUUCUCGCGAUCAUGCGCGGGAUUGCGGUCGGCACUCGGUAAUGAGUACGACUAUACCACAUUCCAGGCCAUUCUGGAUCGAGCGAACUUGGUCAUCCAAACGGACGACAAGGCCGCUAACGAGAGACAAUCCCAGCCGCACUAUGUGGCUAAGCAGACCUAUCAACGUCCGACACAUAACAAUGCCGUGAUUUCUGAAGAAACAGACGAUCUCCACGCUGCAGCAGCAUCCUCGAGUGAUGGAGGAAUUGUAGCAGCGCUCCCGCCAAAGCGUCCCAAGAGAGUUCGGAAGAACAAGUCGACACAAGAGACAGCAUCGACGGGAACUGGGCAGCAGCCAUAGACGGCUUACAAGAUAACCAAGGAUGUCUAUGACCUUCGUCAAAAGUAUGGAUACUGCCUCUGGUGCAACGGCGUCACUCAUGUGACCGCACAAUGCCCCGAAAAGGGCAAGGCACGCGUACCMMGUCCAGCAAACUCGGGAAACUGAGUUACGCAAGGAGAGGGGCGACGUCUCUCCUCACUCCGCCGAACCCGGUUGCCUUGCUAGCAAUCGAUGUCACUACCGGGGAGCAUGCGUUAGUCGCUGAUUCUCA